AAAGCUUUUGCCCUGCUCUGCCAAAAGAGGACAGACUCUGAGACGCUUGUUGUCGGAGGCUCAGGGUCUGAGUGUCUACUGAGAACUUACAGUGUUGCAGUUAACCUUCAGACAGCAGCAACAUUGACACCGGGGUUAGAGGGAUCUGGGAAGACGUUACCACGAUAAUCUACAUCCUUCGGGGCCCACCAUCUAAAAUCAGAAUGGAACCACGCAGAGAAAAAACACAGACAUGUGGGACAAUUUGUCUGAAAUAUCUACUUUUUAUCUUUAACGUUCUCUUCUGGCUUGCCGGAGGGGCUGUGCUGGCGGUGGGAGUGUGGACUCUGGUGGAAAAGAGCGAAUACAUCAGUUUACUGAACUCCAGCUUCUACUCAGCCUCCGCUUACAUCCUGAUAGCUGCUGGGCUCGUUGUGAUAGUGACGGGGAUUAUUGGCUGCUGUGCCACUCUGAAUGAGAUGAAGAGUCUUUUGAUUGUGUAUUUGAUCUUGUUGCUCUGUAUUUUCCUGCUGGAAAUCAUAGCUGGUGUGUUGGCCUACAUUAACCAUCAACAGUGUUUUCCUUUCUGCUACCAGCUGGAUGAGGAACUGAGACAGAACCUGAAGGUGACCAUGCAGGAUAAAUACCAGCAACCGGGAGAAGAAAGUGUCACGCACGCUGUGGACAAGCUUCAUCAAGAGUUUAAGUGCUGUGGCAGUAACAGCUCCUCUGACUGGAGAGACAGUGUGUGGAUCCAGGCAGCAGAGAACAGGAGACUCGUUCCUGACAGCUGCUGUAAAACCCCAAGUGACCUCUGUGGUGUUAGGGACCAUCCCUCCAAUAUCUACAAAGUGGAGGGAGGCUGCAUUAUGAAAUUAGAGGACUUCAUCCUGAGUCAGUUAUAUAUUCUUGGUGCAGUGGGCAUUGGGAUUGCAUUUUUACAGCUUGUGGGGAUGAUGUUUACUUGCUGCCUUUAUCGAAAUUUGAAAGAAGAGCCAUACUGAUUUUUGGACUACUCAAAUAUCACAUGUGUCAUAUCAUGCAUUGCCAAAAUGUUUGGUUAGAUACUUAAAUGUCUCCAAUUUACAUAUUUCUGUGAUUCUGUGAAGUUGUGACUUCAAGUUAUGACGUGAUGAUUUGCAAAAUGCACACUCUAAAGGUAAUCAAGUCAUGUCAAUUUUAUUUAUAUGGCGCCAAAUCACAACAGAAGUUAUCUCAGGACACUUUUUACAU